AUGUACCCUGGGACGAGGCCAUUCACCUACUCUGUUUGUGGGAAGGGAUUCACUCGGUCAUUUGGCCGACUGACUCACCAGCGAAUACACACUGACUGUGGGAAAAGAUUCACUCGGUCGUCUGCCCUACUGACACACCAUCGAAUGCACACUAGCGAGAGAACUUUUGCCUGCUCAUACUGUGGGAAGGGAUUCACUCAGCCGUCCCAAGUGAAGUUACAGCAGCAAAUUCACACUGGAGAGAAGCCGUUCACCUGCUAUGAUUAUUGUGGGAAGGGAUUCACCCAGUCAACUGCUCUCCUGGCACACCAGUCUGUUCACACUGGGAAGAAAGCAUUCGCCUGCUCAGAGUGCGGGAAGGGAUUCACUCGGUCAACAAACCUACAGAUGCACAAGCAAGUUCACAUGGGUGUGGUUUCAACAGUGCCCUAA